UAACGUCUUGGAAAGAUCCAAGCCAAUAGCCAACCGCCGCUUAACCCACGAAACAGGAAGAAGAAAGAAUAGCAAGAAACGUGUCACCCCGAGGGAGAAUCGAAGUACCUAGAAGAGUAUCACCACUGCCUUCCAACAUAGGCAGUGUUCUCGCUCGUUCUUCAGCCAAAACCCCCAAAAACAAAAAACCAAAACCAAAACCAGGUUGAUCGUUUUGUCUAAUAGAAUUCUGGGAUGUUCCAAUUUGAGUGAAACUGGGUUUUGCGAGUUCAGUGAAUCGUCUCAAGUCAAGUGGGCAAACCUAAACCCUUGUUUAUACUCCUCCUAUUUCACUUAUUCGUCGGUCUGAUUUGUUUCCUUUAAGAUUUUUUCUGAUGAUUCCUCAUGGAAAAUGCAUAUUACGUGGCGCCCAGUUAUUAUUUAGUCCUAAAAUAUAUGCUGCUUUCACUUUCGUUGACGUGUAAAUUCGUUAAAAGAUGGUGAAAUGAUAUGGCCUCGAUUUUGGGCCUUUGUACAGAGGUCGGAUUUUAGGUCACUCAUCACUGGUUGUUCAUAAUCAAACCAUCUACUUGAUGAAAUUUUGACAUUUGUUGGAUUCUUUCUUUGGCUUGUGUGUCUGGCUCUUUGAUAGAGCUUGGGAUGCUUUCUUGACUCAUUGAUGCGAUGAUCAGUUGUGAUAAACCUUUGCAGUGGAUUGAGUGGCUUUGACGUAUUGAUAGAUCUGACCAGGGGUUAAGAUUCAAUUCUGAAAUUUCUUAAACCACCAAGUUCGGGAUGGAUUGGUGGUUUGUCUACACCUAUGACAAUUGAUUACUAAAGCAUCAAUGAAAAAAGUGCAAGAGACAAACCUAUUGCCUAGUGAUUUUGAGGUCCCAAUUCUUGACCAGAGGGGAGAAAUUUUUCUUCUUUUGGUCUGCACGGCAUUGUCUCUGGCUUCUGUUUUUUUGGUUUUGCACACUGCUACACAUGCUCCCCAACUACCAUACAGUCUAAGUUAGUGAAUGAAACUGCGGAUUUUAUGUACUAUAUUUGUUUCUUCUUUCUCUUUUGUUAUUUAUGGGGUGGGGUUGAAUGUUGAAAGAUCAAUUUUAUAAAACCAGCCGUUAAACUAGGUUCUUUCUUGAAUUAUGCCAUAUUAAGUGAAGAAUGAAAUAAUUUUCACUUAGAAGCAAUCUGUCACAUCCCCCCCCCCCCCCCCCCCCCCCCCCGGUCUGCACCCCCCCGCUUUUGAGUCCGAUAAGUUUGAAAAUAAUGGGUAAUGCUAUUUGCACCUUCUUAUGCUUCUGAUUGCAUAAUUUUAUUUGGCCAUAAAAAACAUUUCCUUCUCCUUGUUGCAGUGGGUUGCUGGUGAUGAAGAUUUUCUGAGUUUUUUUUUUUCACAAGGUUUUGAUAUAGGGAAAUGAUUGUUUCUGCCCUUUUGACAUCUCUUGGAAUAAAUUUUGGCUUGUGUAUUUUGUUCUUCACGUUGUACUCUGUAUUGAGGAAACAGCCAAGUAAUUAUGAGGUUUAUAUGCCACGGUUGUUGGCUGACGGAUUGUCUCAACAAAGACGUUUUAACUUACAAAUGCUAUUACCGACUCCUGGGUGGGUAAGAAGGGCAUGGCAGCCUUCUGAAGAGGAAAUGCUUGCAUCUGCAGGCUUGGAUGCUGUGGUUUUCAUGCGCAUUAUCAUCCUCAGUUUGAGAAUAUUUUGUGUUGCUGGGAUUAUUGGGAUCUUUGUUCUUCUUCCAGUGAAUUGCACAGGGAAUCAGCUUGCUAGUAUAGACUUUGCUAAUCUGACAAGUGAUUCUCUGGAUGUGUUUAGCAUAUCAAAUGUGAACAAUGGCUCAAAUAAGUUAUGGAUACACUUCAGCGCUGUAUAUAUAGUCACUGUCUUUAUCUGUUGUCUUCUUUAUUAUGAAUAUCGAUAUAUAUCUUCAAAGAGGGUUACUUAUUUCCAUUCCUCGAAACCUCAGCCACAUCAAUUUACCAUUUUGGUUCGCAGUAUCCCUGUCUCUGUUGGGAUCAGUGUCAGUGACAGUGUCGAGAGAUUUUUCACUCAAUAUCAUCCUUCUACAUAUCUGUCACAUGUGGUGGUUCACCGAACAGGCAAAAUUCGAAAUCUCAUUUUGUACCUCUUCAUUCCAUCACCAAGACUCCUUAAGGUUAGGGGCUCUACCAUUUGCCUCCUUACUGUUAUAUCUUUGGAUAUUUUAAUAUGGAUAAAGCUUUUUCCAUCCAUGAGAGAAGCUUUUGCAGAAGUAAGACGAGAAGAGAUCAGGAAGAAAGUGAUGUUACCUGCAUCAGGGCAUUCUAAGAAUGAGAGCAACACAAAGAAACUGUACAAAAGGCUUAUCCACUUCAGAACUGAAUCGCCUCAAUCAAAAUUUGAAUGUGGUGGUUGUUGUGGACUGUUCCCGCACAAGGGUGAUCUUUUAGAACAAUAUGAAAAGAAGUUCGAAGAUUCGGAGGAAAAUCUGAGAUUGGAGCAAUCCGACACUUCAUCAGCAGGGGAGGAAGUUAGAGCUGCCUUUGUGUCCUUCAAGUCCCGAUAUGGUGCUGCAACCGCUUUCCACAUGCAACAAUCAGUUAACCCCACACAGUGGCUCACAGAGAAAGCCCCUGAGCCUCAUGAUGUGUAUUGGCCUUUCUUUUCCUCAUCAUUUAUGGGAAGAUGGAUUUCUAAACUGCUGGUUGUAUUGGCAUGCAUUAGUCUUACAGUUUUGUUCAUCAUUCCUGUCCUAUUCGUGCAAGGUCUUGCUAACCUGGCUCAGUUGGAAGUUUGGUUUCCCUUCCUGAAAAGCAUUCUGUCCAUAACAUUCGUCAGUCAAGUAAUUACAGGGUACCUUCCCAGCCUCAUUCUUCUCUUGUUUCUGAAAAUGGCGCCCCCUAUCAUGAAGUUCCUGUCCUCAAUUCAAGGAUAUAUUUCUAAUAGCGAGAUUGAAAAAAGUGCAUGUGACAAAGUACUUUGGUUUACUAUAUGGAAUGUGUUUUUUGGAAAUGUGCUUUCGGGCUCAGUUUUCACCCAAAUAUCCAUCUUGCUAGAGCCCAAAAAGAUUCCUGCAAUGCUAGCUGUUAGUGUUCCAGCACAGGCAUCCUUUUGUAUUGCUUAUGUUGUCACAUCAGGGUGGACGAGUGUUGCAACAGAACUCUUCCGCAUGAUCCCCUUUAUUUGCAGUCUGAUAAGUAAACCUUGUGUGAGAAGCUCAGAUGAUGAAGUUGAAGUUCCAUCUCUUCCUUACCACAAGGACAUUCCAAGACUUCUAUUAUUUGGACUUUUUGGCAUAACAUAUUUCUUCCUAGCACCUUUAAUUGUACCAUUUCUCUUGAUCUAUUUCUGUCUUGCAUAUAUAAUUUAUCGUAACCAGUUCAUAAAUGUAUAUGCACCCAAGUAUGAAACUGCAGGGAAGUACUGGCCUAUUGUGCACCAUUUGAUGAUAUUUUCACUGGUACUGAUGCAUGCUAUCGCACUUGGAAUCUUUACGCUGAAGAAGCUUCCUCUGGCAUCCACAUUAAUCAUUCCUCUUCCAGUUCUUACCCUGCUUUUUAAUGCGUAUUGCAGUAAACGCUUUCUACCAAUUUUUACAGCUUAUUCUGCUGAGACUUUGAUAAAGAAGGACAGGGAAGACCAUAAUGAUGCUACAAUGGCUGAAUUUUUUGCCAGAUUGGAAACUGCUUAUUUUGAUCCAGCUCUGUUGCCAAUUCAGUAUUCCACAAACUAUGACAGCCGUACCUCUCCCCUUCUACCUUCUACUGAAGUUUGAGACCAAGACAGUAUGUCGGUUCUCUCACGUUUGAGUCACUUGCGAUUGCAGUAUCCACAGCAUCAUAUAUGUGUGUGAAUUUUGGCAUACACCUAUCCAAAAUUAAAUUCUCUUCUGAAAAUCUCUCCAUUCAUUUCUGCAUGUAAAUUGGCCAUGAGCCUGCUGUUCAUUUUUUUGUGCCCAACUUGUUUUUGUUGAUUGCCAGCGUCCUGAGUUGAUGUGAGAAUGUCUAUUGAGAAUUUGCGAGAAGUCAAAGUGUGUCAUUGUAAGUGAUUUAUACCUUUUCCAAACAUACCAUCCCUCUGAUUAUCAUGUGUGCUCAAGAUUCACUAUCAAGGUUCAUUGGAGCACAGCCUGCUGUUCUCCAAAACCAGAAGGAAGCAAUGUUUUAGAAUUCUAUCCCCUUUCCCUUGCUUCAGAGCCCAAUUACUUUAUUGGAAUUCCUGACUGCAAAAUUUUUCACUCAUUUUAGCUCGUGUCGUGUUUUUUUUUUUUUUUUUUCAUGGUUUGAAUCUUUGGUAUGUCUUGAACAAUCAUGUACAAAUACUGAUUUGUAAUUAUUAGCUUCAGUGUUUUGUGUUCUA